AUGGUGAAUGAGGAGAUAAAUGAGAAUUUAAACGGAGAAGAGAUUCAGAAUGAAGAUGGCGAAGCAAAGAUGGUGAAUGAGAAGACAAAUGAGAAUGUAAACGUACAAGGGAUUCAAAAUGAAGAUGAUGAAGUAAAGAUGGUGAGUUUGGAAACAAAUGAGAAUGUAAACAAAAACGAGAUUCAAAAUGAAGAUGAUAAAGCAAAGAUGGUGAGUGAGGAAACAAAUGAGAAUGUAAACAAAGAAGAGAUUAAAAAUGAAGAUGAUGAAGCAAAGAUGAUGGUGGAUGAGGAUAUCAAUCAGAAUGUAAAUGGAGAAGAGAUUUUGAAGGUAAAUGACAAAGAAAAUAUUGUGACUGAGGAGAUAAAUGAAAAUUUAAAUGGAGAUGAGAUUCUGAAUGAAAAUGAUGAAGCAAAGAUGGAGAAUGAGGAUAUAAUUGAGAAUGCAAACCAAUAA